GUCCGCAAUGAGCGGCCAUUUCGAGCGAGUACUCCGUUUUAGCACGUAUACGAUGAUAAUCCGUAGAUGAUGCCUUGGCGCAUGCACGACUAGGUUCGGACCAUACUAGUAUACGGAACACGAUCCGGGCGGCGCCCCACUUUCUUCGAUCCCAAUGUUGUUGGUUCAGCACAGUCACCGGCUUAUUAUGCAGGAGUUUAACCUGUGAUUAAUACUGGGCGCAACGCGUGUCGCCCGACUCCUCUCGAUAUCAUUCAUACUCUUUCUUUCGCCCAACUUGAACGGCAAUCCUUCCUCCUUACAGGAAUCCCUGAUUUGAUUCACUCUCCUUUUUGAAUGUUAUUAAUCCACCUUUCUUCGCAUUUCUUCUCGUUUUCCCCUUUCCCCUCCUUUCUUUUUUCCAAAAGAUAAUUAACAAAUAAUACAAAGAACAAAAUAUCAAUAUCACAAUGACUUCUGACGAGACCACGCCUCUCCUAGGCACCAACCGGGUGGAUCAAGUCGGACAGCAACAUGAACGACAAGCGCAACACGAAAAUGUCGAGCGAUCUAAGUCGUCGUCGUGGUGGUGCUGGCGGCAGCGGUGGCAGUCGGCGCCGGUGCACCCGACAUUGCUCCUGGUUUUUGCGCUCAACAUGCUCCUCUACAGCGGCCAGACGAUGGUGCUCGCCCCCCGGAUGCAGAUGUACGAGGAAAUUGUGUGUCGGGACUCCUCAUCCAGAGACGGCGGCGGCGGCGGCGGCGGCGGCACUGGGCCACUCCCGCUCGCACCCGGCUCGGGACGGUGCAAAGACGCCGACGUCCAGGCCGAAGUGGCUUUUGUGCUGGGCAUGGAAGAGUUUCUGACGGUGUUUCUGAGCGUUCUUAGUAUCCCAUAUAGCUUCAUGGCGGACAAGUACGGUCAUGGCCCCAUUCUGUCGCUCUCACUAUUGGGGAUUGUGCUGGAGAUGAUUUGGCCUCUGUUUGUCUGCCACCUUAACGGAUAUCUCUCCAUCUACUGGGUCUGGCUGGGGAUUGCAUUCGAGGCAAUCGGAGGCGGAAUCACAGUCACGGUCACAAUGUUUAACCUCGUUUUGCUCAAUUUCGUGUCGGCGGAGUCCCGGACACGUACCUUUCUCUACCUGAACGCAAGCUCUCUGGUAUCGAGGGCUCUUGGCCAGUUUGUGACGACCCGGAUGAUGCAUAGCGAUAUCUGGCUUCCGGCCUACCUCGGGUGCGGGCUCAACAUUCUGGCCUUGGUUCUGUCAUUUUCUCUCGUGUCCCAGACAAGAGCAAAACCGACAGCCAGUGCUCCUUCUUCUGACGAUGAUGAGUGCGAGGCUAUCACCUCCCGGAAUGGCUGCUCAGCAGAAGAACUCGGCCGCGUUGCCCUGCAGUUCCUCCGGAGGGUGGAAUCGACUCUGCGAAGCAAUCCGGAAGUUGUUGUCGUCCUAAUCUCGGCGUUUGCAUUUCCCCUCGGCGAGGAUUCAAUGUUCACCGUCAUCCUGCUGUACGUUUCAAAGCGAUAUGGCUGGAGCAUUGGGGACGCAAACAUGCUCGCCGCAUUCGGCACUGUCGUGAUGCUCGUGACCUAUCUGGUGCUGCUUCCGGUGCUCAGCAACGUGCUGCUCGAGUACGGUGGUGUCACGUCGUAUGUACGAGACCGAAUCAUUGUGCAGACCGAGGGCGUGCUUCUUCUUGUUGGAGCCCUAUGCACAGCAUUCGCACCCACCGUCGUGUGGGCAGCUGGAGGCGUCGUUAUCAUGUCCCUCGGCAUGGCCGUCGUCACCAUCCUGCGAUCUCUCGUCACAGACCUGGUGCGUCCUCAAGAUGUCACCCUGGUCUACUCCAUGGUGACCAUGAUGAUGCGCAUUGGAUCCGCCGUCGCGGGACCCAUCUUCGCAUGGAGCUUUGGGUUUGGGUUGAAGCUCGGCCCGGUCUGGACGGGACUACCGUUCAUCGUGGCAGCUGCCUUCUUCCUGGCCGGCACCAUAGCGCUCGGCUUCCUUCCGAAAGAGCCGCGAAGCCGAGACGGGGAGGAGGAGACGGACUAAUCAAGGACGGCAGUGCGGGUGUAUGUACCUAUCAACUGAAAGACAACCUGCUUGUCCUUACUCAUCUCUAUCUACCUAGGAACCUAUCGUGCAACUAUUAAUUACAGAGACCUUCGAAGCGCAGCACAUAACUAAUAAGGCCAAAAUCUAAUACCG